UAUAUAUAUAUAUAUAUGGUAGGCCGCUUAGUUACCACUUCAUUCCACACCACAGCCGAUAAAGCUUCUUACUCUUCCUCGGAAAAUAAUUCCGAGUUUGAAUUUCCAUAUCCCAAAUAUUAUUAUUAUCUGUUUAUCCUAAACGAGAUAUCAAUAUUUAUCUAUCUUCUUCAGUUUUCUUCUCCAAUCCAAGGGAAGCUGAGGAGGACUUGUAAGAAUUAAGCCCGAUAUCCACUUACAGAGAUAUUUCUUGUAGCCAUGGCUGGAGACCAACUGAGAGUGCUUAACGCACUCGACCUUGCAAAAACACAGCUCUACCAUUUCACGGCCAUCGUCAUCGCCGGAAUGGGCUUCUUCACCGAUGCCUACGAUCUUUUCUGUAUCCCUCCGGUCACAAAGCUUCUCGGUCGCAUUUACUACACUGACACUACAAAAGCAAAGCCCGGAACUUUGCCUCCCAACAUCGCCGCUGCCGUAAAUGGUGUCGCGCUGUGCGGAACUCUCGCCGGCCAACUCUUCUUCGGCUGGCUCGGAGACAAACUUGGUCGGAAGAAAGUCUACGGUAUUACCCUUCUUCUUAUGGUUAUUUGCUCCAUAGCCUCUGGGCUUUCAUUUGGGAAAGAAGCUAAUGGAGUAAUUACCACUCUUUGUUUCUUUCGGUUCUGGCUCGGUUUCGGUAUCGGCGGAGACUAUCCUCUUUCCGCUACGAUCAUGUCCGAGUACGCCAACAAGAAGACUCGUGGAGCUUUCAUUGCGGCUGUGUUUGCCAUGCAAGGGUUUGGUAUUUUAGGAGGUGGGAUUGUGGCUUUGGUCGUCGCCGCCGCGUUCGAUCAUCAAUUCAAAGCUCCAACAUACAAAGAAAACCGGGUAGAGUCUCUUGCUCCUCAAGCAGAUUACGUUUGGAGAAUCAUUUUAAUGUUUGGAGCAGUCCCAGCAGUCUUAACAUACUACUGGCGUAUGAAAAUGCCCGAAACUGCUCGCUACACCGCGCUGGUUGCGAGGAAUGCUAAACAAGCUGCUUCGGAUAUGUCUAAGGUUUUGAGUGUCGAACUCGAAGCCGAGGAAGAGAAGGUAGAGAAGCUGGCUAGAGACACAUCAAAUUCUUUUGGUUUAUUCACUAAGGAAUUCGCUCGCCGCCAUGGACUUCACUUGCUCGGUACAACUUCAACAUGGUUCUUGCUAGAUAUCGCUUACUACAGCUCGAAUCUUUUCCAAAAGGAUAUCUUCUCGGCUAUCGGAUGGCUUCCUUCAGCGGAGACGAUGAACGCGAUCGAUGAGGUUUAUCGGGUUGCUAGAGCACAAGUAUUGAUUGCACUGUGUGGUACUGUGCCUGGUUACUGGUUCACUGUUCUUUUUAUCGAUUAUAUAGGUCGUUUCGCAAUCCAAUUGAUGGGUUUCUUCUUCAUGACCGUGUUCAUGUUUGCUUUAGCAAUACCUUACCAUCAUUGGACUAAAAAAGAACACAGAAUUGGGUUUCUUGUGAUGUACUCCUUGACAUUUUUCUUUGCUAAUUUCGGACCAAAUGCGACGACUUUCGUCGUCCCGGCGGAGAUUUUCCCGGCGAGGCUUAGAUCUACCUGCCAUGGAAUUUCCGCAGCUGCCGGUAAGGCCGGUGCGAUUGUUGGAGCUUUUGGAUUCUUGUAUGCGGCGCAGAACACCAAUCCGACGAAGACAGAUGCCGGUUACCCGCCCGGUAUCGGUAUGAAGAAUUCUCUGAUUAUGCUUGGAGUGAUCAACUUCUUUGGAAUGUUGUUUACAUUGUUGGUUCCGGAAUCCAAAGGGAUAUCACUUGAGGAGUUGACUGGAGAGAAUGAAAAUGAAGGUGGUGAGACUACGGACCAUCAGAAUACUACUGUUUUAAAUGGAACAUGACCAAAAGAUGAUCAAAUUAUAUUAAGCAUGUGAAAAUAAUUAUCAGCUAUGGUUUUUACGUUUUCUACUUUUUGUUUCCUUUACAAUGCAAAACAGUAAUGUAGAUACUUUUUAAUGUGAACUUAAUGUACAAUAAGAUGCAAAUUUUAUCAAUA